CCGCACCCCGCCCGGCCCCGCCUCCCCAUUGUCCGGCCCCUUCCCGGUCCCACCUCCCGGCCCGCCCCGUGCCGCGCUGGGCGGACCCGAACCUGGCCUCCCCAGGGACUCCGCGCCGGCUUCCUGGCGGGCCCGCGGGUGGGCCCACGGGUGGUCUCGUGGCUUCAGAGGCCGAAGUCUCGCCCCGCUAAGUGGAUCGUGCACCCGCGAGGGACGGCGCAGCAGCCCGUCGUGGACUCAGGAGCAAGCUCCCAGGGAACCAGGCUGACCAGCAGAGCCAUGCUUCAGAAUUCCCACCACAGCAAAGACAUGGCUUUUGUGGAUAGGAGCCUGAGAGGGCAGGACGGGGACGGGGAUGGGGUACGGACAGGGGCAGGCACAGCCCUGGCCUUCAAUACCUCCUCCUCAUUCCCGGAUGAGCCUCCCGAGGGCUCAGGCAACAUCAUCCCCGUCUACUGUGCCCUUCUGGCCACUGUGGUCCUCGGUCUGCUUGCAUACGUGGCCUUCAAGUGCUGGCGAUCACAUAAGCAAAGACGGCAGCUGGCCAAAGCUCGCACUGCAGAACUGGGUGGCCUCGACAGGGACCAGAGGCACGAAAACAGUGUCUUUUUGGACUCGCCCAGUGAUCCCAGCCAGGGGCCACAGUAUGAGCCUGGCUGCCGACUCUACCUGCAUCUCCCCCGGCAGCAGCAGGAGGAAGCAGAGCGGCUCCUGGAGGUGUCGGGCGAAGCUGACAAGGGCUGGCGGGGUCUGGCAGGCCGCCUGGGCUACCCGCCUGAGGCUGUGGAGACCAUGGCCCAGGGCCAGACGCCAGCCUAUACCCUGCUGAGGGACUGGGCCACUCAAGAGGGCAGCAGAGCCACCCUCAGGGUGCUAGAGGAAGUCCUGGCUGCCAUGGGUCGUGAAGAUGUGGUCCAGGCCCUGAGCCCCCCAGCCGAAGGCUGCUCUGUGGUGUGAAUGAUGGGGCGUGUUCCCCACCCCCACCCCAGCUCCUCAUACACCUUCCCCUUGUGGGCUUCCUGGCAUUGCUGGCCUCAACCCGCUUGGUUCUGGGGGAAACACCAAAGAUGCUGCCACCACUCACUUGCUCUCCCUCUCCCCUCCAGGACAGGUACCGGCCUAUGGGGGAGAAGGGAGGUUGGCAGUGAGGGUGGUCCUGCCCUCCCAGUCUCUACUCCACCUCCCUUUAUUUAGCCUCAGCUAUUUUUCUACUUUUGUAUCACACAUUAAAGGUACUUUGGACUUGUU